CGCGCGUUUUUGGCGGACGCCUCCGGCUGUGAUAAUUGGUUUUUGUUGUUUGUGAAAGGUUUUGCCUGUGGUUCCGUUAAAAAGGUGAGAUUGUGGCCUCGUUUCCAACAUGGUUCUAAAGUCGAACAAAAUGUACGUCUACAAGCGCGACGGAAGAAAGGAGGAAGUACAUCUGGACAAGAUAACCUCGAGGAUUCAGAAACUAUGCUAUGGAUUGAACAUGGACUUUGUCGACCCGGUUGCGAUUACCCUGAAGGUGAUCAAUGGACUUUACUCAGGAGUCACCACGCAAGAGCUGGACAACUUGGCCGCUGAAACUGCUGCAACGAUGACGACGGAUCAUGCGGAUUACGCUAUCCUUGCCGCUCGUCUCGCAGUGUCCAAUCUACACAAGGAAACCAAGAAACAGUUUUCCGAGGUUAUGCACGAUUUAUACAUGAUGGAGAAUGAGUUUCUGAAAACUAAAUCUCCGAUGAUUUCGGAUGAACACUAUAAGUUGAUCAUGGAAAAUGCGGAUCGACUUAAUUCCGCGAUCAUCUACGACCGUGACUUUGGCUACAAUUAUUUCGGGUUCAAAACACUGGAAAGAUCAUACCUGUUAAAAAUCAAGGGGAAGAUUGUAGAGCGGCCGCAGCACAUGCUCAUGCGUGUUGCUAUCGGCAUACAUGGUGCAGACAUUGAUGCUGCAAUCGAGACGUACAACUUGCUGUCGGAGCGAUACUUUACGCAUGCCUCGCCAACCAUGUUUGCUGCAGCAACUCAACGGCCACAACUGUCGUCCUGCUUCCUACUGACGAUGUCGGACGAUAGCAUCGAGGGAAUUUACGAUACUCUUAAACAGUGUGCCUUGAUCUCUAAAUCGGCCGGUGGCAUAGGCCUUAAUGUACACUGCAUUAGAGCCAAAGGGACAUAUAUUGCAGGAACGAAUGGCAUUUCCAACGGUUUAGUGCCGAUGUUGCGUGUCUACAAUAAUACCGCUCGUUACGUGGACCAGGGUGGUAACAAGCGACCUGGAGCCUUUGCUAUUUAUCUGGAGCCAUGGCAUGGGGAUGUAUUUGAGUUUUUGGAUCUAAAAAAGAACACGGGCAAAGAAGAGGUCCGCGCUAGGGACAUGUUUUACGCACUAUGGAUUCCCGAUUUGUUCAUGCAGCGUGUGGAAGCCAACGAAAUGUGGAGUCUAAUGUGCCCCCACGACUGUCCUGGAUUGUCAGAGGCAUGGGGCGAGGAUUUCGAAAAACUCUACACUGCCUACGAGCGCGAGGGUCGUUUCACGCGUCAAGUUAAGGCACAAGAUUUGUGGUUCGCCAUCAUAGAGUCACAGGUUGAGACCGGAGUGCCUUACAUGCUUUACAAAGAUGCGUGCAAUCGCAAGAGUAACCAGCAAAACGUCGGAACAAUCAAAUGCUCAAACCUGUGCACCGAAAUUGUGGAAUACUCUUCAAAAGAUGAAAUUGCUGUGUGUAACCUGGCCUCGAUUGCUCUAAACAUGUUUGUAAAACCUGAUCGUACAUACGAUUUCGCGAAGCUUAAGGAAGUAGCCAAAACAGUUACUCGGAAUCUGAACAAAAUUAUCGAUAUCAAUUACUAUCCCGUUCCGGAAGCAAAGCGGUCUAAUAUGCGCCACCGUCCGAUAGGUAUCGGAGUGCAAGGCAUGGCAGAUGCUUUCAUCUUGAUGCGCCAUCCAUACGAAAGUGAAGAAGCCCAGCUGUUGAACCAACAAAUGUUUGAAACCAUUUACUUCGGAGCUCUUGAAGCAAGCUGCGAGUUAGCCGCGCGUGAUGGUCCAUACGAAACAUAUGAUGGAAGUCCAGUAAGCAAAGGAAUCCUUCAAUACGACAUGUGGGACAAGAAGCCCACGGAACUGUGGGAUUGGGCUGAACUUAAAAAGAAAAUUGCGACGUAUGGCGUGCGUAAUUCGCUGCUACUAGCGCCUAUGCCAACCGCAUCGACUGCGCAAAUUCUCGGAAACAACGAGUCGUUCGAACCGUAUACAUCAAACGUUUACAAUCGUAGGGUGCUUUCGGGCGAGUUUCAGGUGGUUAAUCAUCAUUUGCUCAAAGAUCUGACUGAGUUGGAACUGUGGGAUGAUGAAAUGAAGAACAAGAUUUUGGCCCAAAAUGGAUCAAUACAAAAGAUAGAGGAAAUUCCGCAACACAUACGCGACCUGUACAAAACGGUCUGGGAAAUAUCCGUGAAAACUUGCAUCAAAAUGGCGGCCGAUCGAGGGGCAUUCAUUGAUCAAUCACAGUCUUUCAAUAUUCACGUAGCUGAGCCAAACUACGGUAAACUAACAUCAAUUCAUUUUUACGGCUGGAAGAUGGGCCUUAAAACAGGGAUGUAUUAUUUACGCACCAAGCCGGCUGUUAACGCGAUUCAGUUCACUGUUGACAAAUCAAAGCUACAGAAUGCUGCCAAUCAAUCCAACGUGAGCCGUUUCUCGAUGGACAGUAGUGCGGGUGAAAGUACCGGCGAGACCUCGGCUGCUCAAAGGCAACGAUCGCUAUUGAAUGGCAGCAGCAGCAGCACCCCAAGAAAAGUGAAUGAGCUUGGCGAUCAAACCAACGGACCAACAGACGAGUCACAGGCGAAUGGGUCCUACGCUGAACGUAACAGACGAAUGGCUGAAAUGGUUUGCUCACUAGAAAAUAAGGAGGAGUGUAUGAUGUGCGGAUCCUAGGCCCAAUGACUUCCCCAAAAUGUGCGCUAUUGAUUGUCUGAUAUUUCUUUAAUUCACGCUCAUCUCACAGUACUUGGCACAGUUUCGCUUGAAAUAUUUGGAAUAAAUAUAAGUAACCUACAUUUCAAAUA